AUGGACAGCCCAGAAUUUCUUAAAAUUGAACUUCAAAGAUUAAAAAGUGAUUACGAAACUGAAUUAUCAAUUGAUCAUGUAAUGCCAAAAACUCAGUUUGACUAUGCUUGUUUAUUAAUAUGUUCAUCAGAUACAAAAAAUAUAAAGUUUGCUUCAUCUUUAUUACAUGAAUUAUUACUUAUAAAUUAUAAUCGUAUUGAUUGUUUAUAUCAAUUAGCUAUAGCUCAUAUAAAAUUAAGAGAUUAUAAAAAAGCAAAAAACUAUUUAAAUGCUUUAUUAAAAAUAGAUGCUAGAAAUAGUAAUGCACUAGCUUUAAAAAGUUUACUUUUUGAUUUAAUAUCGUCAGAUGGACUUAUAGGUGCAUUAUUGGUUGCACUUACAAUGUGUGGUAUAUAUUUAUCUUUUAAAUCUUUUAAAUAUUUUUAA